AAUAGUAGUGAAAAAGUUAUUUCCCGCGAAUUUUAUACAACUUGUUAUAACAGACUAAUAAAACUAAAUUUACUAAAUGAUUUUAAUACUUUAUAAAACAAUAAUAUAAUGGAUGAAAUAGACGAGUUAGAACAAUUAGAUGAAUUAUUACGUGCUGAUCUUAGUGAAGAGAAUAAAGACAAUGAGGAUAAACCAACGCAAAUCUGUGAAAUAAAUAUAUUUGAAUCUAAAAAUAAUAGUGAAGAUAAAGAAGUCACGAACGUGGAUUCCAUAUCUGCUAUUCAUAACGGUGAUACAGAUUCUUCCGAUGACGAGGAAAAGAGAAAUUACACAGAAAGGAAGUAUAACGACUAUGGCACUCAAAUAAAAAAAUCUUUGGACCAUCAAGAACAAGAACAAAACGAACGAAGAAUUGAGUUUGAAAGUAGACUUCGACAAGCUAAUGUUGAUGUUAAAAUUGCUAAAAAAUCUUCAUCAUUUAAACAGUCACAGGUUACACAAGAAAAUAAUAAAAAUGCAUUUUGCGUGCCUGAAACUAAAAAUAAAAAUGUUAGUGAUGUGUACACUGAUCCGAUUUUCGGGAUUCGAAUCACAAAGCCAUUAAUUUCUAGUUCUGCGCUAUUAGACAGGAUGCAAGGCAGAGAGGCUGUUAACAUGCUCAGAGUAAAAAGAUAUGUAGAAAACGAGGAUCUAACCAAAGAUUGGGUAUUAGCGGGGGUUAUAGUAAGAAAAAGCAGUGCCAAAAAAUCACAAAAAGGUAAUAAUUUUAUAAUUUGGACACUCAGUGAUCUCAAGGAUGAUAUGAAAACAGUCUCUAUGUUUCUAUUUCGCAAAGCAUAUAAUGAUUUAUGGAAGACUCCAGAAGGCACAGUCGUAGCAAUUUUAAACCCUAAUGUUCUCGAGAGAUCUCAAAAUUCCUCCGAGCAAGCUUGCUUAAGUGUUGAGAAACCAGAUAGAGUAAUGAUUUUAGGCCAAUCAAAGGACUUGGGUACAUGUAAAAGUAAAAAGAAAAAUGGAGAACCAUGUACUGCGUUUAUUAAUUUGAGUCAAUGUGAACAUUGUAUUUAUCACGUUAAACAGGAGUAUCAAAAAUAUUCUAGAAGGCAGGAACUUCAGUCAUCUACAAUGGGCAAGGGACUCACUAAUUUACAGAAUAAAGUGUUUGGAAAGAACACAUUCAUAUAUGGAGGUAAAUCUUACACUGCACCACCACCCAGUAACCACAAAAAAAUCAAGGAUAGGGAUCAAAACAGGCUUAUGUCUUUGACUGACUACUUUAAAUCUGAAGGUGAUAAUUUAAUGACGAAUAAAGCACCAUUUGGAGCUGGAUUGAUAAAAAAUAACAAUGGAGCAUUGCAUAGUCCAAUGACUCAACGAUUAAGUGAUUCACAAAGAUUAAAUAAUUUGUCUAAUACCUCUAAAAGUACCAUUAAUUCUUCUCCAAGUUUAAGUCUAGCAGAAAAAGUAGCCAGCUCUCCUACAUUAGGUAAAGGAUUUGGAUUGAAGGGCAGUGGUGUUGUUGAUUUAAAUAUAUCUUAUGGAGAAAAAGUUGCCGCCAAAGCAAAGUUGAAUGCAAUAAAAUUAGUUCAACAGAAAGGAGGUAUAGAGAAACACGAUCCAAAUAAUGUCAAAGGGACAGAAGCUGGCAAAAAGAGGGCAUUGGAAAAAUUAAACCAAUCUGGUUCUGAUGAAAAUGUCUGUAAGAAAACAAAACUUGACAAUAACUGCAAUAAACUGAAGCCAAUCAUGUCUGAACGGUUUAAGAAAAUAUUAGAAGCUACUUCUGCUCAUCAGAGUUUGAUAAAGCAACAUGAAGAUGAUGAACAAGAGAAAUAUUUCAAUAAACUUGAGAAAAAGGAAGCAAUGGAGGAAAAAAUGUUAAAUACAUUUAAGCUUGCUUGUAAGGCAGUGCGGUGUGCUAAGUGUAAAUAUACUGCGUUCUCUGCUGCACAAAUAUGUAAGGAUGAAAGACAUCCCCUCAAAGUUUUGGACACUUUUAAAAGGUUUUUUAAGUGUGCAGAUUGUAACAACAGGACUGUUUCUUUGGAGAUUCUUCCCUUACAUUCUUGCGGUAACUGCAGUGGGUCGAGAUGGGUAAAAGCUCCAAUGCUAAGAGAAAAGAAAGUCACACUAACUGAUAGUCUUUCAAUUAGAGGAGAGGAAGAAACAUUCAUAGGAAGUCAAGUCAGCACAGGAAAAAAUAUAAAUCUAUUAGUUCCAGAAAACUGACAAUUAGGAUUUUUUAAAUAAUUUGACUGCAUUUAAUUUAUUGUUUUACUAUUGACGUUUUAGCUAUAAUGCUCUUUUAUAGAAAUUAUGAGAAGUUUUAAAUAAAAUACAAAAUGAAAAUAAA